CUGGUUCGGCGAUCAGCUGUCAAUCUGCGGCUGCUGGUGCUUGAUGCGUCCACUGUAACUCCAAGAUGCAGGCUCACGAGAUCAUAAAGCAGAAAACCAACAUGGUUGAGUGAGGAUGAGACUUCCCAGCUCUGUCCUUGUGUCGGUCUCUUUGUUUACGGCCGAGACGACGGCUGCUCUGUAUCUGAGCAGCACUUAUCACUCCGCUGGUGAUCAGAUUUGGCAGUGUUUCACGCUCCUCUUCACGCUUGUGCCAUCCGUGCUGGUGCAGCUCACACUGAUCUUUAUUCACAGAGACCUGAGCAGAGACAGACCUUUAGUGCUGCUGCUUCAUAUAUUACAACUAGGACCAGUAAUAAGGUGUCUGGAUGCUUUCUGUAUCUAUGGUAGUUCUGGACAGGUGGAGGAGCCGUAUGUCACCAUCACCCGUAAGAAGCAGAUAUCCCGGGAAGGGCAGACUGAGGAGGUGGAGCAGGAAGUGGGGCAGGCGGAGGGCAAGUUAGUCACCCACCGGGCUGCUUUCGCCAGGACUUCGGUCAUACAGGCCUUCCUGGGUUCUGCACCCCAGCUCACGCUGCAGCUCUACAUCUGUGUGCUGCAGAAAGGGGUGUCCGUCGGUAGAGGUACACUGAUGGUCAUUUCCCUUCUCUCAAUUGUAUAUGGAGCCCUACGCUGCAAUAUUCUUGCCAUAAAGAUACGUUACGAUGAUUAUGAAGUCUCCGUGCAUCCAUUGGCAUACCUGUGUGUGUUUCUGUGGCGAGGGUUUGAGAUCGCCACACGCGUGACCGUUCUGGUCCUCUUCAGCUCUGUGUUGAAGGUAUGGGUGCUUCCAGUGGUGUCGGCCAACUUCAUCCUGUUCUUUCUGCACCCAUGGGUUCUCUUCUGGAGCAGCCACUCUCCAUUCCCAGAGAACAUCGAGAAGACAUUGACCCGUGUCGGGACCACUAUUGUCCUCUGCAUGCUGACCUUCCUGUACGCCGGCAUCAACGUGUUCUGCUGGUCUGCCGUUCAGCUCAGAUUAAGUGACCCUGACCUGAUUGAUAAGGGUCAGGCAUGGAGGCGCCUCGCUGUGUAUUAUUCCCUCCGUUUUGUGGAGAACACAGGGCUGACUUUGAUGUGGUACGUCCACCGGACUGAGUUCUACCAAUUGAUGGAUGUCCCCGUGUUAGAACUGUCGCUGUUAUUGGGUUACGCCACAGCUGUGUUCUUUAUGUUGCUCUUUUACCAGUUUUGCCACCCAUGCAGGCAACUCUUCUCAUCCAGUCCAGCCCAGGGCUUUUGGGAGUGCUGUGGAACCCUUUGCCUGCUCCGUGGGACGCUUUCCCAGUCUGGCUCCAAGAGGACCAAGCCAUCAGGGGAAGACGUUGGAGAUGAUCCACCCAGCGUUAACAAAGGAGACAUCGGGCAGAGUUUGUGCAGCGCAGUGUGAGCAAAGUUUUUUGUACAACGAACGUUAACGGGGUCUGAUGUUGUUUUGGACCUCACUGAUAUUCAUUGCAUGGACAAAAACAAUUCUCUUAUAUGAAAUAUUUUCUCUUGCGUUCCAAAGAAUAAAAAAAAAAAAUAAAUUCCAUUUGGACCAUGAGAGUGAAUAAAUGAUGACAGUACCUUUACCUCAUGAAAUGCCCUUUAAGGAUAAAAAGGAUUAAAUUAAAAUGUUAGAUUUCUGCCAUGAUACUUAAUGGUGAAAUGGAAAAGUCAACAUUUGUUGAACUUUGAGAUGAAUAUACUUAUACUUGUUUUGUUUACAAGGCAAAUGAGCCAGCAUGUAUCACUGAAGUGCAUGUGUAAUUCCCUAAUAAGAUGGAACCGCUGCUUUUGUCAUGUGAUGUGGCAGCGCUUUGUCCCUCGUUCGGUGUUGGUUUUAAGAAUGUCAUAGCUUCCACGCUCUCUGUGUCUGGAUUAUUUAAAGCACUUUUUUUUUCAUUAUUAUUUGUUUGAAUUAUAAGCUGUUAACAUUUCCACCACCUUGAAGCCAUUGCUUUCUGAAAAAUGUUUGACAACCUCUCAGGUUCAUUAGAAAUAAUUUAUUCUAGUUUAUAUUAUCUAUUACUCUGUUCAUACUGUGUAUAAGACUGAAAUAAGUUCUGAUAGGUCAUAUUAUAGUUUCCUAUCAUAUGAUUUGAUAUGGCCUAAAUUCAAGCAAUUCAGAAU